AGGAAGAUGACGAUGAUGAUGAAGAUUCUCCGCGCUGAAGGAGAGUAAAUGUGUGACUUUCAUCUGUUUUAUUUCUUCAGUGAUUUCACAAGUUUUAUUUCUAGUGUUUAUUUUCGGCGGGAGAAUUGUAAAACUCCAGGAAACAAGUGAAAUCUGUGUGACACUGUUGUAAAGAUGUUUAUUAAAGAGGAGAGUGAAGAUAUGGCUUAUCCAGAAGCAUGCAGAAUUAAAACCGAACACACUGACGAACAAACAGACUUCAUGGAAAUGAAAGAGGAAAAUAGAGAGCCAACAGAAGUGAAAGAAGAAAGUCAAGAACUGAAUGAAGUGAAGGAGGAACAUCAGUAUCAGAAUCCUGAUCAUUUCAUAACUGGAGAAAAAUCUUUCAGUUGCUCACAGACUGAGAAGAAUUCCUCACAAAACAAAACUCAAGCCAAAAAAUUAUUUACCUGCCCUCAGUGUGGAAAGAGUUUCACACAAAAAAGAAGUCUUAACCACCACAUUAAAAUUCACACUGGAGAGAAACCUUUCACAUGCCUUCAGUGUGGAAAAAGUUACAUGGACAAAAUAGGCCUUAAAAGACACAUGCUAUUUCACACUGGAGAGAAGCCUUUCACAUGUUUUCAGUGUGGUAAUAGUUUCAGGUCUAAAGGAUCCCUCAAUGUGCACAUGAGAAUUCACACUGGAGAGAAACCUUUCACGUGUCUUCAGUGUAAUAAAAGUUUCAUAAUUAGAGGACACCUAAAUGUGCACAUGAGAAGUCACACUGGAGAGAAGCCUUUCACGUGCCAUCAGUGUGAAAAGAGUUUCACAAAAAGAGGAGGCCUUAAGGAUCACAUAAGAUGUCACACCGGAGAGAAGCCUUAUCCUUGCCAGCAUUGUGGAAAGAGUUUCACAAAGAGAGGGAGCCUUAAGGAUCACAUAAGAUGUCACACUGGAGAGAAGCCUUACACAUGCAUUCAGUGUGGUAAUAGUUUCACAUCUAAAGGAUACCUCAAUGUGCACAUGAGGAUUCACACUGGAGAGACGCCUUUUGUAUGCUCGCAGUGUGGGAAGACAUUUGCACGUAAGGGAAGCCAUGACAUGCACAUGAGAACCCACACUGGAGAGAAGCCUUUCACAUGCCUUCAGUGUGGAAGAAGUUACAUGGACAAAUUAGGCCUUAAAAGACAUAUGCUAUUUCACACUGGAGAAAAGCCUUUCACAUGCCUUCAGUGUGGUAAUAGUUUCAGGUCUAAAGGAUCCCUCAAUGUGCACAUGAGAAUUCACACUGGAGAGAAGCCUUUCACAUGUCUUCAGUGUAAUAAAAGUUUCAUAAAUAAAGGACACCUUAAUGUGCACAUGAGAAGUCACACUGGAGAGAAGCCUUUCACGUGCCAUCAGUGUGGGAAAAGUUUUACAAAAAAAGGAGGCCUUAAGGAUCACAUAAGGUGUCACACCGGAGAGAAGCCUUAUCCUUGCCAGCAUUGUGGAAAGAGUUUCACAAAGAGAGGAAGCCUUAAAGAUCACAUAAGAUGUCACACUGGAGAGAAGCCUUACACAUGCAUUCAGUGUGGUAAUAGUUUCACAUCUAAAGGAUCCCUCAAUGUGCACAUGAGAAUUCACACUGGAGAGACGCCUUUCGAAUGCUCACAGUGUGGGAAGACUUUUGCACGUAAGGGAAGCCAUGACAUGCACAUGAGAACCCACACUGGAGAGAAGCCUUACACAUGCCCUCAGUGUGGUAUUUGUUUUACGUUUAAAGGAAACCUUAAUGUGCACAUGAGAAUUCACACUGGAGAGAAGCCUUACACGUGCCAUAAAUGUGGAAAGAGUUUCAGUCAGUCAAACGGCCUAAAACAUCAUGAGAGAUUGCACACUGAAAGGAAGCCAUGUGGGAAAAGUUGUCAGCAAUCAGGGUCUUUAAGAAGUCAUAGAAAAAAGCAUUUCCCAGAAUUGUUGUAGUGAGCUAACAGUAGUGAUGUCCAGUUCGAGAAUGAAUCGUUCUGUUGAACUGGCUCUUUUCGAUGAACCGUUUGAAACAGUUAACUAAAUCGGACUGAAUUGGUUGGAACAGUUUGCGUCUUGAGCCGGGCUUGACAUUAACUUUUUUGUUUUACCGGCCACUGUGGCUAGUAAUGUUGCACAGUCAUUAGCCUUUCUGCAUUUUCAUUAGCCAAAAUCUCCUGACCCUUAAAAAAUGAUUUAGGUAACUGGAGACUGAACCUGCAUGCAUUUGUUUUGACCAGGGGUGUCAAACUCAAUUUCACCCCGGGCCACAUCAGCCUUAUGUGUCCCCUUAAAGCCGGCACCUGAUUUUGUAGCACCCAUUACAUUACCAAUAAUAGUGCAUAUUUUGUGCAUUUACAUUUGACAAAGCAUUGAUUUAGAAUUUGGGAUGCAGAUGUAAAUGAUGAUAUUAAAAGCAACAUCUGUGAAAAAACUAACACCUAAUUUACAUGGUGCUAAAAUGAAAAAUUCUGACAGUGACUACAUUUACAUGGACGCCAGAAAGUGGCUUAUUCCAAGAAAGCGGGUUAUUGCGAGAAACAGCAUUCCUGUUAACAUGCACUGUAUAACCGGUGUACUCUUUACACUUGUAUACAGACACAAUUUCUGCAGUUGAAUCUACAAUAAUGUAAUUUCCCCGCAACGCUUAUUUAAAUACAAAAAGGAUCCGAGGAAGACUUUGCCAUUUUAUUCUCCGUUGCUUUGCUUUAUUUCCAGAUAUUCCAGAUAUGAUAGAGUUGUUGCUGUGUUUGUUUCACUUAACUUUUUAUCACGACCUCUAGUGUAAUUGUGCUGCAAUAGUAGGGUUUCCCUCUGACGUAAAACUCUAGGAUUUCCCCAAUGUAUGAGUGCAUAUACGUGAACGUGAGGGACCACCAAUAUUUUAAAUUUGUUUAUUUUAAAUAUAAAAUUUUUACACUGUACUCCUAGAAAUGAUGAAUUUAUUCUGCUGUGUUGACUUGUUGUUGGGAUCCAUCCUAUGGUUUGUGAUCUGGUAUGUUCAUACAUGCACACUCUUCAAACACCCAUUAGAACAGCACUUAUGCCUUUACAUGGCCACAUUAAGCAGUAUUCUCCAAAAGAAACCUAGGCGUGUUAAACCGCUUUCUCUUAAUCCCUUAAGCGGCUUAAGGAAGUCAGCGUUCUAGUUUACAUGAUGUUUCAGAAUGCUGCUCUCUGCAAAAACCCAGGAAUAAAGGCCCAGGUAUACUUCCCCACAUUGCCUUUUUGAGUAUACUCUUCUGACCGCAAGCAAAUACGCAUGCCCACUACAACUUCUUUGUGAUACUCUUUUAGUAGAGUCAGUGGCCAGCGCAUGCACCGACGAUGCCCAAAGAUGAUGACCGCGUCCGUGCGUGUAAACAGUAAAUAGAAAAACAGUGCAGAUGCACACAAAAGCAUGUUUGAAUGUGAAGAAUAACUGACUAGUGAUUUUGAUGUUUGAAUAAUGGCGCGUCAAAUGGUUAACCAAAUGUCGACUAUCCAUGCACAUCCCUAAUUUUACACAAAUGGAAAAUUGAUUGUUUGGUCCAUAAUAAUUAUGAAAAUUGUCCAUAGUUCUUCCAUUUUAUCCAUAGUUUUAACAGUGGUGAUGGGAAGACUCUGAAUGGUUUUCCAUCAUGCCAGUUUAAUUGGCAGAUGUCUUUUGAAGUCCCUCCUUCCAUGCUCAGCGAGCAUAUAAAAGGCAGAUCGGAAGACAGCCUCCUCAGAACUUUUCCUUCAGAGAUCGAGUACAGUUCUCUCUCUGUGGAUCACGCUUUCAUCGAGAGUUGCUCAGUGACCAGAGUCUUCUUUCUUGUUUAGCAGAAAGAUCUUCUGCUUGCUCAAUGAGAAUUGUAUCCUUACAUUUAUUACUAUGUUUGUGUGUUUUUCAACAGGUAAAACGAACUAAGAGUAAAACUGGGAUUAUAUACGUCCUUUUAAGGAUGGAGAUAAGUUAAUGACUGUAUUGUAUUAGUUUUAUUUAUGUACUAUAAUCUGGUCGCUGUACUCAGGUCAACAGUACAGUGAUCUGGUCAUAACAGUUCUUGAUUCAACAGUGCACUGAACUGAGAACCGCCUCUUUUUUUUACAUGUCCAAAGAACCAAUGAAUGGGAUUCUGAUACUAUGAGCAUGAGUGUACCGAGGAUUGAAAUGAGGGGGUGAAAAGCAUUUUUAUUAAAACUUGCAAAAACUUUUCAGUCAUGAA